GGCCCUCGGAGCGCGGAGCCGCUGCCUCUGCGCACCAGCUGCCAGGCUGCCCUCCACCGCUAUCUGCUUUCGUUUUGUUUCUUUUUUUUUUCCUUCCCUCCUUGGGACUGAAAGCAGGAUCGGCGUCCCUGAAACUGCUAUGCCAGCUGAACUCUCCCGGGCCGUGGGAAUGCACGCUAUCUCCGACCUGCACUCCUCCCUCCCUCUGCGGCUCCUCAACAAGGGGCCCGAGUACCUCCGCAGGCAGAUGGAGGCCGGCAACCCGGGCAGGAAAAGUGCCGUGGAGAGACUGGCCGCCGAUAAGGCCAAGUACGUAAAGAGCCAGCAGGUCAUCAGCACCAGGCAAGAGCCCGUCAUCUCGCUCAGCUCAGCCUCGGAGAGCAGCAGCGAGACCUGUUCGGUGGAGAGCAAAGCAGUCAGCAGGGACUUGGGCAGAGGGAAGGGCGCGAAGCCCCUGGAGCUGGCCAAGGCGGGGUACUCCUGCCGCGCCCCCUUGCAGCACGGCCCCCCCAUCGCCAGGCGCAGCACCCACAAGAGACAGAUGCGGCCGGAUUCCCUGGUGAUUUACCGUCAGAAAUGCGAGUUUGGGAGAGGUCAAAGCCAGGACAGCUCGCGGGGGAACUUGGUGAAGAGAAUCUUCCAUGGGUCCAUAAAGGAGAAGCAGUUGCCUUCCCCUGAGUUGCCCAGAGUCAUGGAGGACACCGCGGGCACCGAGAGCAAUGAGCCCCUCUCGGCAAAAGAUGGUGACCGUGAGCCAAGCGACUAUGCAGUGGAGCAAACGGUCCCUGUGAGCACCGAAGGCCCAGGGGUAUGUACAAAAGAGCAUGAGAGACCCUCAAACCUGAGUGUACCUCCUGACGAGGUCAAGGAGGUGAAGAGGAGAGGUCUCCAUCGGUCCCAGUCGGACAUCAGCUCUCGCUACUCUAAGUCCUUUGCUGAGUUUGAUACAUUUUUCAAGUACUGUGGCCUGGAGCAGGAGGUCAUUGAGGACCUUGGAAGAGAGAACUUCUCCGUGGUGUCUGACAAUGUCUCCUUCAAGUUCCGCAGCAUCAGUGUGGCAACAUCUGAGAGCGACUUUACGAGGCACAGUGGGGAUGAGGGGCUGCUGGAGGAUGAACUCACAGAGCAGGUCCCAAGCAGCACCUCUGUGGUCGAGCGAAAUGCUCGGAUAAUCAAAUGGUUGUAUACGUGUAAGAAAGCCAAGGAGAAUAACAAGGUGAUCCAGGAACUGGCGUGAUGGCUUCUUUCAGCGUGCGUUGCAGCCUGGUGAAC